AUGACAACCUCUACUCCCCCAUCUCCACCCUCUCCGGCAGCCUCCCCCAUCCCUAAAACCACCCUUCCAUACAUCCAGACGCCUUUGAUCGAGUCUCUGUACCUCUCACAGCUAGCAGGAUGUAAGGUGCUUCUCAAAUACGAAACUACACAGCCCUCUGGCUCCUUCAAGUCUCGAGGUCUUGGACACCUGGUCUACAAACACGUCCAGACUCACUUUGGAAACGCCGAGGAUGCCCCCACCGACACAAACACAACCAAGCUGCACUUCUUUUCUUCUUCUGGAGGAAACGCUGGCUGUGCCACUGCAUACGCCGCCAAAAAAUACAACCAGCUCUGCACCGUCUGUGUUCCUCUCUCGACCCCCCCCGGAAUGAUCCAGCGAAUUGAAAAGACUGGCGCUCGAGUUAUUCCUUAUGGCCAAUACAUUGCUGACGCAGACAAGUACCUCAAGGAGAUUCUUAUUCCGGCAUGCGACCUUUCUCUCGAAAAGCCCGUAUACUGCCAUCCCUACAACGAUCCCCUCGUGUGGACUGGAAAUGCUACCGUGGCUGAUGAAAUUGUGGUCCAGACUGAGACAUUGUUUCCUGACUACAACCCCGCUGCUGUGGUUUGUUCUGUUGGCGGCGGUGGGCUGUUUAAUGGAAUCUGCACCGGCUUUGAGAACUCGGGAAAGAAGCAGUGGCAGAAAAUUCCUUUGGUGGCAGUCGAGACUGAAGGUUGCUCUACCCUGUUUGACUCUCUGGCAACAGGCUCCCAGGUCUGCCUUGAUCGACCUCACACCAUUGCUUCUUCGCUGGCUACUCAGAACGUGACUCGAGAGACAAUCGAAUGGGCCAAGAAACAUCCCACUACAGCUGUCAAGGUGACUGACCGGGAGGCAGCGGCAUCCUGUCUCGAGUUCGUAGCCGACCACAAGGUGCUUGUUGAGGCUGCUUGUGGAACUGCGCUGGCUCCAAUCUACAACGGUACACUAAAAGAUAUUGUGCCUGGUCUCGGACCCGAAGACGCAGUUAUUGUGAUUGUCUGCGGAGGCACUAACGUCACCUUUGCGCAGCUCCGAGAGUAUGCUGAUAAGUUUGAGUUGGACUUCUAG